AUGGAUGAUGCCAAUCGUUCAGCACAAAAAGCUGUUGUAUUUGAUAGGAAUGGUCGACGUGAAGCCGCUAUUUAUUUCUAUUUUGAUGCUGCGAAUACUUUAUUGGAGUUGAUUGCUGCGAAUAAAAUUUCGUCUUCUUAUAAAGCAACUGCUGAAGGAUAUAUUUGUCGUGCCGAAACUCUCAAAAAACAAAAUAUUUCACGAAAACCGUCGAUAAAAACUGAACAUCAACUUAAUUUAGAAAGAGUCGAAUUUUUGCUAAAUCAAGCCUUAGAUUAUGAUGAAGAAGGUUGUAUUAAUGAAGCAAUUUCAUUAUAUUCGGAGGCUGUUGAACUUUGCUUAAAAGCUAACCCUUCGUGUGAUACUGAAAUUAGAAGGAAAUUACGAGAAUUAUCAAGAAGAGCACUUGACCGUGCAGAAUCGUUAACAAAAUUGAAAGAUGAAGCAUCAGGCAUGAUCGAACUGAAUAUACCGGAGCCUUUAAUUGAUGAGAUAUCAAAUCUAACACUGUCUAAUGAUGUCACAUCACCGCAACGUGCCAUUACGAAACAAUCAAAUUCAAAUUCAAAUUCAAAUUCUAACUCUAAGGGACGACUGGAAAAAGAUGAAUUAAUGGUUUUAUCGGCUACUUCAAAUAUUAACGGUCGUCUCUAUGUUCCUUUUUUAAAUGUUGAUCUCAAAGAACGUUUUGCCUUUCCUAUACCUUACACUGAUAAAGACGGUAUUCUUGCUUUAUCAAAUAAACAGAAACAGUGGCUUAAGACUUGGAUGCGACCGGAUGAAUUUAUGGAAUCGCCUAAAGUUAUUGACGUUGUUGAUUGUGGAACAAUUAAACAAUCGAUUGUUUCGGAUUGUUCAUUUGUGGCUUCAUUGGCUAUUUCAGCCAGGUAUGAGCGCCGUUUUGGUCGACAACUUGUGACAAGUAUAAUAUAUCCUCAGAAUAAACAUGGUCAACCAGUUUACAAUCCUUGUGGAAAAUAUAUGAUUAAACUUCAUAUAAAUGGUGUGUGGCGAAAGGUUCUAAUUGAUGAUCGAUUUCCUGUGGAUGAAAAUGGCCAAUUACUUUGUUCAUAUAGUCAAAAGAAGAAUGAAAUUUGGGUUCCAUUACUUGAAAAGGCUUAUAUGAAAGUUAUGGGUGGUUACGAUUUUCCUGGUUCAAAUUCGAGUAUUGAUAUGCAUGCGUUAACUGGUUGGAUUCCUGAAAGAAUUGCUCUCAAAAGUGAGUGCAAGGAAUUCGAUGCAACCACUGUUUUCGAAAAACUUUGCAGCAGGUUUCAUCAGGGUCAUUGUCUUAUCACUCUUGCUACGGGUAAAAUGAGUCAAUUUGAUAUCGAUAGAACCGGUCUAGUUGAUGCACAUGCUUAUGCUGUUUUAGAUUUGAGAAAGAUUCAGGGACAUUAUUCCGAUAAAGAUAAUGUAAAUUGGACUCCAGAAUUGUGCAAAGCACUUGAUUAUAAUCCUUUAGAUGCUCAACAGUUCGAUGACGGUGUAUUUUGGAUUGAUUACGAGUCAGUUUGCCAUUUUUUCGAUGUAUUCUAUGUUAAUUGGAAUCCAGCAAUUUUUCCUCAUACCUUCGCUUUACAUGCUAUGUGGUCUGCUGGUGUUGGUCCAGUUAAGGACUUAUAUAGUGUUGCCGACAAUCCACAGUUUUUGUUGGAAGUAAACAAUGAACUUGCACCUUGUGCUGUAUGGAUUCUUCUCACCCGUCAUAUCACUGAAAGGGAUGACUUUGCUAACAAUCGAGAAUAUAUAACUGUUAUGGUAUUCAAAUCGGGGAAAAAGAUUUAUUCGCCAAUUACUCAGAAGCCAAUGAUGGAUGCAAUUCGAAUAAACAGUCCUCAUUAUCUUUGUCAGUUAGUAGUUAAUGAUCCAGGAAUCCAAAAAUACACUCUUGUUGUUGCUCAGUACGAGAAGAUGAAUACGAUAUAUUACACAUUAAGAGUUUAUUCUACAGCAAAAUUUAAGCUAGAAAAAAUUAAAGUGCCCUAUACAGUGAAAAAAAAAGAAACAGGUGAAUGGAAAGAUAAAACAGCUGGAGGCUGUGGAAAUGGGGCAAGCAGAGAAACUUAUAGAAAUAAUCCUAUCUAUCAAUUAUCAAUGGAUAGUAUUAGUGAUGAUAACGAUUUACUUAUUGAAUUAAAAGGUCCUAGAGAAUAUAGCGUUGGUUUUGAAGUAAGGCAAAUUUCUUCAUGCAGGAAUAAAAAAUUUGACACAAAAGAUUCCGGUGCAUUCAGACCUGGUUAUGCGUUUUUAACGCUGGAAUCCGUGCCGGAUGGAACCUAUAAUAUUCAGCCGAUGACUUUUCUUCAAGGACAAGAAGGACCAUUCUUUUUAAUCGCUCGUCGUUACGAUACACGAACUACAAUAUUCUCCCCCGAAGGACGACUUUAUCAAGUAGAAUAUGCAAUGGAAGCUAUUUCACAUGCAGGAACAUGUUUGGGAAUUCUUGCAUCGGAUGGCAUUCUUAUCGCUGCAGAAAAGAGAAAUAUUCACAAAUUAUUAGAUGAUGAGGUUCUUGCUGAAAAAAUAUAUCGACUUUCUGAUAAUGUAGCUUGCACAGUAGCUGGUAUUACAGCCGACGCGAAUAUUCUAAUAAGUCGUCUUCGUUUUUGGGCUGCUCAGUAUGAAUAUACAUAUGGUGAACCAAUACCCGUGGAACAGUUGGUUCAAACAUUAUGUAAUGAGAAGCAGAGAUAUACUCAAGUUGGAGGCAAACGACCUUUCGGUGUUUCUUUACUUUACAUGGGUUGGGAUCAACAUUUUGGUUAUCAGUUAUAUCAGUCAGAUCCUAGUGGAAAUUAUACUGGUUGGAAAGCUACAUGUAUUGGCAAUAAUCAUCAGGCUGCUGUUUCUUUACUUAAACAAGAUUAUAAAUCACCAGAUUUAAUAGAAGCGAAAAAAUUAUCGAUGAAAGUACUAUCAAAAACCUUGGAUGUUAAACUAUCAGCUGAAAAAAUUGAAAUGGCAAUUUUGACGAGACGCGGAAAUAAAACUGUGAUCGAAGAGUUAGGAAAUCUAGAAGUUUCGCGUCUAAUUAAAGAGCACGAAGAAAGAGAACGCGAUCAGGAGGCUCAGACUUCAAGUUAA